AUUAAAGAAAACCCAAAUAAAAGCUUCCUCUGUCUCAUCUCCUUUUUUCACUCUCUCUCUAAAAACAAUGUCUUUUAUUUCUCUCUCUACCCUCUCAAAUCUCCGAUUCCUUCAAAUCCCCCAUUAAAACCCCUUCAAUUUUACAAACCCUAGCUCUCAAUUUCACUUAAUCCCCUCACAAUUUCAACUCUGUUCAUAUUUUUUUACUUUGAUAAACCAUUUUCAAAACCCUAAAGACUCCAAUUUUGUUAUGGCGCGUGGCGAUCGUUCAGCUUCUUCUUUAGCACCCGGGUUUAGAUUUCACCCAACUGAUGAAGAGCUGGUUAGGUAUUAUCUUAAGCGGAAAAUUACUAAUAAACCCUUUAAAUUCGAUGCAAUUGCUGUUGUUGAUGUCUAUAAGACUGAGCCCUGGGAUCUUCCAGGCAAGUCUAAGUUGAAGACUAGGGAUUUAGAGUGGUACUUCUUUAGUAUGUUGGAUAAGAAGUAUAGCAAUGGCUCUAAGACGAAUCGAGCUACUGAGAAAGGAUAUUGGAAGACAACUGGGAAAGACCGUCCUGUUCGGUGGAACUCGCGAGAUGUGGGGAUGAAGAAGACCCUUGUUUAUCAUCUUGGAAGGGCACCGCGUGGUGAGAGAUCCAAUUGGGUGAUGCAUGAGUACCGCUUAGUUGAUGUGGAUUUGGAGAAGGCGGGUGUUGUUCAAAAGGAUGCAUUUGUGCUUUGUAGGAUUUUCCAAAAAAGUGGAACUGGACCGAAGAAUGGAGAGCAGUAUGGGGCGCCAUUUGUUGAGGAGGAAUGGGAUAAUGAUGAUGAGGUGGUUCUAUUACCAGGUGAAGAGAUGGUUGUCAGUGAUGAUUUGGCACUUGGCGAUGGUGCAUAUGUGGAGGCAAAUGAAGUUGACCAGAAUUUCAAUGCUGCAGCUGUAUCUGAAAAUGCUGUCCUUCCGGUGAACUACUAUCAUGGGGAAACAUGCAAUGAGCAGUUUGGGAACUUCAAUGCAGAUGAGCAAAAGCCUAUAGUUGAACAGGAGGAUGCCCAGAAUGGCUCUGAUCGGCCUGAGGAAAAAGUGUUUUUCAGCUUCCCUGAAGACUAUCAGAUUGAUGCAAAACCAGUUAGAAAAGAAUUUAGAGCUGAAUCAAGUAACAAUAUAGAUGCUACUGACGACAAUUACUUGCUUGAUGAACCCUUCUUGGAUGCUACUGACAGUCCUCCAUUCAAUGAAGGCUUUUACCUGGAAGCAAAUGAUCUUUCAAAUCCUUUAGAACGAGAUUGUACUGGUGAUUCAACAGUCUUUGACAUGGUUGAUGAGUACCUCAAUUUCUUUGAUGCUAGUGAUGACAACCUGACUUUUGAUCCUUCUGAACUUCUCGGAAGUGAAAAUGUUGUUUCUAAUGAAGCUGUGUCUUCUGAGACGGAUGUGAAUGGAGGAGUUAAAGAAUUGCCCAUAGCAAACCAAGAGCUACCUGAAACACAUAAUAGCACCAAUACAUCCUCUUCUAACCAACAAAAGCCAGAACCAGCCAAGUUUGAGUCAGAUUUCAAAUAUCCAUUUAUGAAGCAGGCCAGUCAGAUGCUGGGCAGUAUUUCUGCACCUCCUGCAUUUGCUUCCGAGUUUCCUCUCAAGGGCAGCGCUAUGCAUUUAAAUGCAGCGUCAUCAUCCAGCUCAAUUCGUGUUACUGCUGGUAUGAUAAGAGUGGAAAAUGUUACUUUUGGAAACAAUGGACUGGACUGGUCAUUUGACAAAAGCGGGAAUGUCAGUAUCGUCCUCUCUUUUGACGUGUCACAAGGCGAUGGUAACUUGGCUCCAAUGGGGAACCCGUUCUCGAGCAAGACAUGGUCAAUGGUGUCGCGGUGCUGGUUCUUCCUAAUGUUCUUCUGGGUUCUAAUUCUUUCAGCGAGUUUCAAAAUUGGGACCUAUAUUUCUACCAAGUAACUUAUCUGGUCAAAUUUAAUUGGCCAUAAGACACCUGGAAACUGUUCUGUGGGGUUUUUUUUUAAUUUUCUUUUGGGGUUGAUCAACCUUUGAUCUCCAUUAUAGGUAUGUUAGGACAGGAAGAUGUUAUAGAUUCUUUAAUUAUAUUAACUGCCAAGUCUGAUAGAGGGUAUGUUUUGACCUACUCUACUGCUUUGUAAUUUUACAGAACUGCACACGUUAUUUAAAUAGGGUUUUACAUUAGAGAUUAUAUGGUCAUGUGUAAACAAUAAUUAACCAUUCAAGACAAUCUGCUCAAGUGAAAA